CCCCCUCCCCAACAAAAAGCCAACCCAUUCCAUCCUCCUCAAGCAAUCCAUUUAUAGUUACAGUAUCAUAUAUAUACAUAUAAUAACUAUCUUCACCCACAGAGAGAGAGAGAGAGAGAGAGAGAGAAUGGAGGAAGCUUUGGUGGAAGCUCUGUCAUGUGGGGAUGGGGAGAUGCAGAUUUUAGCGGCGAAGAGCUUGUGCGAGUUAACGAGUAAGCAAAGGCACAGGUUGGCUGAAAAGGGAGUGAUUUCACCAUUGGUUUUCAUGCUUCAUUCCCAGGAUUAUGAUGCCAUUAAAGCAGCCCUGUUUGCCCUGCUUGGUCUAGCUUCUGGCAGUGAAAGGAACAAGAUCCGGAUCACGAAAUCAGGGGCUGUACCCGUGUUGUUAGAACUCCUCCAUUGCCAGAACCAGUCGCUGUUGGAGCUGGCCAUGGCAGCCCUCUUGAUCCUCUCUUCUUGCUCAGCCAACAGGGUGGAGAUUGCGGCUUGCGGCACAGUUCAAGUACUAGUUGAAAUCCUCAACGACAAUAAUAACAACACCCAAGUCAUGAGCUUGCAAGCGAAGCUCGAUCUCAUAGCCACUCUCCAUAAUCUCUCUACUUGUCAUCAAAUCUUCCCGUCCAUUGUUUCCUCUGGUUUGGCGGGUUCUCUUGUUCAACUAAUCCAUGGCUCUGAAAAAUCAUCAGAGUUGGUUGAGAAGGCAACCGGGUUGCUUGAAAGAACCGUUUCUUGUUCUGAGAUUGCGCUCAGGGAGGCUGCAAGCACAGGCGGGGCAAUUCAGGCCAUGGUUGAAGCUCUGGAAGAGGGUUCAUUGAUAUGCAAAGAGCAGGCCGUGAGCAUCUUAGUUUUGAUAUGCCAGAGCUGCAAAGAGAGAUACAGAGGGUUGAUUCUGAGGGAAGGAGUGAUGCCAGGGCUGCUUCAGCUGAGAGUGGAUGGAACAUGGCGGGCUAAGGACUUGGCUGACACCCUGCUGCUGUUGCUGAGAGAUUGCUCGGGCCAGGGUCGGGGUUCUAGGAGGAAGCAAUGGGAGAAUGCCCUGCUGGAGCAGGCCAUGGAACAGAUUGAUGCAGAUGAGAGGGUGGGCACAGUGCUGAGGCUGGUGGAGGAGACCAUUGCAAAGCUCAGCACAUAGAGGGGAUUAUUUGAUGAGGUUUUUCGUUUUGUCUUUCGUUGCAGUUUCACCGCAAGUUCAAUGGUGAUUAUUGAGGGUGUACAUAUGAUCAGAUUCUGGUCUUUUAGGUUUGAAUGAUUUUAUGGAUUGGGUGAAUGUCUUGAGUGGGUACAUGAUUCAGUUCCUCAAUUUUCACCGUGAAGAAAAUUAGCGGCAACUCAACGUUGUUAUCAUAUUCAUGUACCCAUUAUGUAUGAGCAAAGCAACUAAAAGUACACUUUUCCAAAACAUACUCGCUCGUUCUAAGGAUAUGUCUACCCUUGUUAGU